CCUCUUACAAGUGCAGAAAAGGAUAGUGGCAAAUUUAUUUUUAAAGACUUCUAUAAAGUUUAACAACUUUUUCUUAAAGCAGGACCCUGGUGUGAGAAAGAAGACCAUUCAUCAGGGAAAGAAACGUGGAAGUUUGCUGAUUAGUAGCAAAGGAGCAGAGACUGCACUUCUUCACCCACACUUGAGAGCCAUGGCCAGUUGGAAAUCCUACAUUGACCACCUGAUGGCUGAUGGGACAUGCCAGGAUGCUGCCAUUGUUGGUUACAAGGAUGUUCCUUCUGUGUGGGCUGCUGUCCCUGGCAAGAUCUUUGUGGGCAUCUCUCCUGUGGAGAUGAAUGUGUUACUGGGGAAAGAUCGCUCUCUGCUAUUUGUCAAUGGACUGACACUGGGAGGCCAGAAGUGCUCAGUGAUCAGAGACAAUCUGAUGGAUGGAGAGUUCACCAUGGAUCUGAGAACAAAGAGCAUUAAAGGAGAACCCACUUUCAACAUUACAAUCUCCCGAACAGCCAGAACUUUGGUUGUGCUAAUGGGCAAAGAAGGAAUCCAUGGAGGAAAUGUUAACAUGAAAUGUUUUGAGAUGGCUUGCUACUUAAGAAAUGCAGGGUAUUGAUGCUCCAGCUGUCCACUGUGGUUCUACUGAUGAAGAGAAUGAUUACUCUGACCAUGUUCAAGAUUGCAACCCUUAUCUUGCACAAAGGAAAGAAUAGAUCUCUUUCUGCUGCAAACUCUUGCUUUACCAGUUGGCUUUUCAAAACUAUUGUGUAAUAUGAGAAUGGGGAAAAAAUAAAAAAUUAAAAUAAA